AUGGUGGCGGAAUUUUCUGGUUCAGGAGGUCUUUUCCGUUAUGAGGCAAGACAAAUCCUUUACAUACCUCUCUCUUUUCGCAGCCCCGCUGAUGAGUUAAUAUGUAAUUAUAAGAAAAAUGGCAUUUACUCCGUUAAAUCUGCUUAUCACAUGCUGAUGCACGACAAACGCAAUAAAGCUCCGGGCCUCUCCAAUGUUUAUCAUCAGAAGCUUUGGCAGAAAAUUUGGCUGUCCCAUUUGCAUCCUCGCGAUCAUAACUUUCUUUGGCGCCUUGCAAAGAAUAUCCUUCCUACAAAGGCUAAUCUCCAAAAGAAAGGCAUCUCUUUGGAUACUUCAUGUCCUCUCUGCGAAGCAGCCACCGAGACGGCACACCACCUCUUUCUUCAUUGCGAAUAUACUAGGUCAGCUUGUUUCUCUUCCAAUUAUGGUCUGCGAGUGCCUUUAAAUUCAUACUUAAAUGAUUGGAUUUCUUGCUGCUUGGAGGAUCCGAGUAGUGUUAGUGACCAACUCAAGUGUACAGUUCUAUGGCAUUUAUGGAAAGCAAGGAAUCUUCUGGUGUACCGACAAAAGUUUACGGAUCCUCGGCUGGUAGCGAAAGAGGCCAUGGAAUCUGUCAUAGAAUUUAACAAGUUUAACCCUUGUAUCAAAGCUAAGCCUCCUGCUCAUAAUCUGUUGGAAGUUCCUAUUAGUUUUGAGGUUUGUAUUCUGCAAGUUGACGCCGGUUGUUUUGAUGAGGGAUUCAUUUCCUUUGGGUGUUUGCUUAGGAAUCAGGCUGGUCGUGUGGUGUCGGCGGCUUGCAAGUGGGAAGAAAUGUCUGCUAACCCUGUGACGGCUGAGACUUUAGCAAUUCAUUGGAGCUUGCAAUUGGCUAAGGAGCUCAAGGUGGAAAGGAUUUUAGUCCAAUCUGAUGCACUAUCAGUUGUGAAUUGUAUAAUUUCCUUAUCUUUGCUGACCGAUAUCGACCAUGUGGUCCUCAAUUGUCAAACCUUUCUUAGGAGUUUUAAAUUUGCUUCUGUUGUUUUUAUUAGUAGAGCCUUUAACUGUGAUGCUCAUAACCUUGUCGGUUUGGGCAAGCGUUUGGGUUCGAGAACCUGGCUUGGAUUGCCUCCGAAUUGUAAUUCUAUUUCUGUUUGCCCUUCGGUGGCCUCUUAA